AUGUCGGGAAAGGAGAGCGCCGAUCCCAGAUUUGCAAAGAUCUAUAAUGAUCCAAAGUUCAAAAAUGUCAGAAAGAAAGGCUUCAAAGUGAAGCUUGAUGAUCGUUUCAGCAAAAAGGACCUGGAAGUCAAGCGUAAAACCAAGGUUGACAGAUAUGGGAGAAAGAUCAGGGAUCAAGACGAUAAGGAAUUGAAGGAUUUUGACAAGUAUUUCGAGAAAAGCGACGAGGAGGCUGAAAAAGUCAAGGAAAAGGUCACUAGCAUUGAUCGGGCGCGUGGUGAGGUACCUAGCGAUUAUGUAAGCUCGUCUGAGGACUUUACUUCUUCAGAGUCUGAAGUCUCCAGCGAGGAGGAGCUGGAGAGCGAAGAAGAAUCGGAGGUGAAAUUGGAGAAGACUGAACCGUCGUCCGGAGAGCCAUCCAAGAAGUUAGCUGUAGUCAACUUGGAUUGGGAUAAUGUGAGGUCUGCAGAUUUAAUGAUUACUUUCUCAAGUUUUUUGCCUCCUGAUGGUAAGAUCACUGAGAUAGCGAUAUAUCCAAGCGAGUUUGGGAAAGAAAGAAUGCAGAGGGAAGAGGUGGAGGGUCCACCAAAGGAACUAUUUAAAAAGAGCAAAAAGAAAUCCAAGAAGAGGGAAGACGAUGACAGCGAUUCCGAUGUGGACAUCAAAGAUCUCUAUGAGGAAGGCGACGCGGACAAAAAUGUGGAUAACAAAGCUUUGCGUCAAUAUCAGCUUGAUAGGCUAAGAUACUACUAUGCGAUAGUUAGUUGCAACAGCGUGAAGGCGGCAGAAAGUAUAUACAAGAAUUGUGAUGGUACCGAAUACGAAUCAACAGCCAAUAUUUUCGAUUUAAGGUAUGUGCCGGAUGGUAUGGAAUUUGACGAAAACCCCAGGGACGUAUGUUCCGAACUGCCCAAAAAUUAUAAGCCACUUCAAUUUAGUACAGACGCUUUGCAACAUUCCAACGUUAAGCUCACUUGGGAUGAGACACCCGCUGAUCGACUUGAUGUUGCCAAACGUGCGUUCACCCAAAAGGAAAUUGAAGACAUGGAUUUCAAAGCUUAUUUAGCGUCCGACUCGGACGGGUCCGAAGACGAUCUUGGUGUCGAGUCGAAAGAUAAACUGAGGUCAUUGGUCAACGGGGCUUCCGCUUUUGACUUCUCCAAACAGGACGCAAAGAUCGGGAUCGAAGACGAUAGCGAGGUAGAUAUGGAGAUAACGUUUACUCCUGGUCUAGAUGAAAAGGGCGAUGCUGCUCCAAAGGAAGAUCAAGAAGAGUCGACCAUAGACAAGAUACGUCGUAAGGAAAAGGAGCGUCGUAAGGCAAGAAAGGCUAGGGUGAAAGAACUGAAACAACAAGCUGAAACCGAAAAGAAGGCCAAGUUAAAGUCCCUAAAGCAGAAAACAGAUCAAAAUGAAGAGCAAGACUCAAAGUUGAAGGCGGAGCUUGAACUACUCAUGAUGGAAGAUGAAGAAGAUAACCACAGCUCUUUGAAUAAGAAGGCCCAUUUCAAUAUGAAUGAGAUACUGAAAAGUGAGAAAGAAAAGAAGAAGAAGAACAAGUACCAGGACAGGAAAAAAAUUGUUGAAGAUGAUUUCAAGCCUGAUCUCCAGGAUUCAAGGUUCAAAGAAGUUUUUGAGGGCCAUGAUUUCGCAAUCGAUCCAUCUCAGCCCGAAUACAGAGAUACAAAAGCGAUGAAGGAGAUUUUAGCUGAGCGUAGCAAGCGGUCGCGUAAGAACAAGUCAAGGAAGAGAAGACCAUCGGUGCAGGCUGGGGAUGCCGAUGAAAAGAGCGACAUCGCUGGCAUCGUUGCCAAACUGAAAAAGACAGGAAGCAAGAAAAUAAAAAGUUAA